AAACGAGGGCGGGUUUUAGCAUCUGCAUGUUUUCGAGCCACCGGAGGAUCUGUCCCUAUUACCCGCGCGACAAAUCGAGCUUCCGCUCAUUAUCGGUGGGCGGAGUUAUAACCGUGGUCUCUUUUUGCGAACUGAAACUACAGCUCAACCGAAACAACACAGAUAUAACGCUACAACGAAGUCUAACGACAAAAAGCGAACUAAAACAAUGUCUUCGCUAAGUAGUAAGUCUGCGCAGGACAUUAGCGACCUGCUGGAUGAAUACGGGAUAAAGCACGGACCUGUGGUCGACUCCACCAGAAGUCUGUAUGAAAAGAAGCUGAGAGAGGCCAUGGCCAAAGGGAAAAGAGCAAGUUAUAGACCAUCACCUGACAAGACCUACUACAGAGAAGAGGAGGAGGAAGUCACCUACGUUUACAGGACACCAGUCAGAAGUGACGCUGCAGGAGACUAUGGAGACGGUCGGCCUUCCAUGAGCUCAAGACCAGGGUGGUCUGAGAGAGAAUUCGAACAUGAGACGUCCUACUCAACCUACUCAAGGUCAAAGCCUGAAUACAGAGGACAGACUUUUGUUGAUGAGCCCAACAUAUACGAGAAGGCAGUCUCUUACAGAAACUCCAAUUUGAAAUCGACGCCCAUGAAAUAUGAACAAGAUGCUCCGAAGGCACCGAAGUCAUCUCGCCUCAUCCCACUGUGGGUUCAGUUCGUGUUCUUCCUGGCUGUGGCAGUCUUCCUCUACUUAGUUUUUUCCAGUAUGGAGACAAACGAAUCCCUCAAAGGAAUAGAAUGAUUUGGUCUUUUAUUCAUGCUGCUGUUUACAGGGCUGUUACACUUUAUUAUACAUUUUAAUGCAAGGAAUGUAUUUUGGUUAAUGCCUUUAUUUUAGACAUUGCUGAAAUUGUGGUUUAUGCAAUAUUUGUGUGUGUUAUAAUUGUAGUUUAUUUGCUUGCUUAUGCUUAAAGGUAAAAUACAUGAUCGUCACUAAGUACAGCAGCACUACUAGAAUAGAUGGGGAUGCCACUUAAAAAACAUAAAAUCGUACUUCUUCUUACGUAGACAGCAUCUGUCUACCUGUCCUGAUAGUUUCACUGUCAUCUGUUCAAAUUUCUAGAUAAUCAGCCUCAGCCAGGCCCAGUACAGUGCAUGCAGUGGAGUUCGGUUCAUGGUGCUAAAUGUGAAAAGAAAAGUACAUUUUUAAAACUUAACUCAGAUACUAUGCCACAGUUGCAUAUUAAAUAUCCACAAAAUACUGACUACAGUUCAGUGUCAAAGGUGCUGUGACAGAUCUUUUAUAGUAUCCCAAAAAUUUUCUUUUUUCCAUUGUUGUAGUGCUUGGUGUCUCAUGGUAUGCUGUGGAUAUUGUUAAUAAUUAUAUACUCGUACAAUUCUUCCUUUUGUCAGUUAUCUGAAAUAAUUAAAGUUUGUGAUACAAGUGCCUCAACCGUUUUAUAGGAUUAAUUGGGAUAUAAUUGUUAAUGUUUUUUAAGUGUUUAAUAAGUAGUUGGGGAAAAACUUUUAUCUUGAUUUAAAAAAAGAAAAAAAAAAAAAGAGGUUGCACUUGUUAUACAAGCUGUGAUGUCAUGUUUAUGCUUUGCUUCACUAGAAUUAAUUCAGAGAUAUCACACUUUUGUACUACAAAAUUCAACCUUUACACCCUGUUGUGAAUUGUUUUGAAUUUGCAUUUCAUAAUCCAAAUAUAAAAGACCUUUAAUGAGUAAACAAGUGUCAAGUAAUUUAUUCAGGAGCAAAAACAAAAAUUAAAUGUUUAAAUAACUGAGGGUAUAAAAAUAAACAAACUGUAUGAUGCAUUAUUGAUAGCACUUUCUCCUUUUAUGGAGUUUGAUCUGAUGCUAUUAAUUACACAGUACAUGCAGUAAUAUUAAAAAAAAACUGAAGCGAAGCUCCAACAACAGCAACAUUUUAAUCAACUCUAGUUUCUACUUACACACUAAGUGCAGUACAUGUAGUUAAUGGCAUAAGAUGCAUAGUAGGGUUACACUUAAAGUACAAAAACUUCUAAUCCUUAAAGGAUCAUUGAUCUGUGGAAGCAAGUACAUAAUAAGCUAGUGGAGCUUGUCAUUAUUGUUACCUGUUAAUAAAUAUAAAACAAUGUUUUUGAACUGGAUAUACAGUGGAUAUAAAAAGUCUACAGACCCCUGUUAAAAUGCCAGGUUUUUGUGAUGUAAAGAAAUGAGACCAGGAUAAAUACUUUUUUUUAAUUUACUUUUUCCACCUUUAAUGUGACCUAUAACCUGUACAAUUCAACUGAAAACCAACCAAAUCUUUUAGGGGGGAAAAAAUAAGAAGACUAAAACUAUAUAUAUAUAUAUAUAUAUAAAAUUAAAAAAAAUAAAAUAACGUGGUUGCACAAGUGUGCACACCCUUAAACUAACUCUCAAAGUCUUUUUGGGUAGGACUCUAUCAGUAUGGCACAUCUUGACUUGGCAAUAUUUGCCCACUCUUCCUUGCAAAGGCGCUCCAAAUCAGUCAGAUUGUGAGGGCAUCUCCUGUGCACAGCCCUCUGCAGGCCACCCCACAGGUUUCCAAUUGGAUUCAAGUCUGAGCUUUGGCUGGGCCAUUCCAAAUCUUCUAGUGAAGCGAUUCUUUUGUUGAUUUGGAUGUAUGCUUUGGGUCGUUGUCGUGAUGAAAGAUGAAAUUCCUCUUCAUCUUUCUAGCAGAUGCCUGAUGGUUUUGUGCCAAAAUUGACUGCUAUUUGGAACUGUUCAUAAUUCCCUCUACCUUAACUAAAGCCCCACUUCCAGCUGAAUAAAAACACCACCACCACGCUUCACCGUGGGUAUCGCGUUCUUUCUAUGAUGUGUUGUUUUUACACCAAACAUUCCUUUUGUAAUUAUGGUCAAAAAGUUCAACCUUGGUAUCAUCAGACCAUAACACAUUUUCCUACAUGCUUUUGGGAGACUUGUUGUAUGUUUUUGCAAAAUUUAGCUUGGAUGUUUUUCUUCCGUUUUGCCACUCUUCCCCCGUAGCCCAGACGUAUGAAGAAUAUGGGAGAUUGUUGUCACAUGUAGUACACAACCAGUACUUGCUAGAAAUUUCUGCAGUUCUUUUAAUGUUAGUGUAGGCCUC